CAAACAUUACUCUUUUUCAGUCUUGUUUAUCCAAAAGCAAAAGCAAAAGCAAAAAGAUGGGUGGCGGUUGAAACAAGUAUUGUGGUACCUUGUUUGCGUCUCCAAAUGGCGUGCCAAUUACUCUCAAUCUCAAGUUGUUGCCUGUCACAACUUUGUGUUGGUCUCCGAAGAAUCAGACCAGUUACACGUCAAUAUACUUUCAGUUAUAGUCAAACCAUACACACAUCCAUUCACCAAUGUCUUUUUUCUGGAGAUAGAAGAAGAAGAUUCUCACUUUUAAAUGCUCAAAGCGAUGGAGACUACGGCUCCGAGCAGUUAAUUGAAGAUCUUAGGGUUCCUCAACAAUGGCUUGAGCCUUCUAAAGCCUUGGAGGAAUCUGAAUGGUUGAGAAGUGCUCUUAACAAGUGGUUGGAUGAUGAAUAUUGUCCAGAGGAAACAAAUAUUGAGAUUAGCAAAGUUGCUGCAAGUUCAUUCUACAGAUCAUUGUUGGAGAAUAAAACUGACAUAGGUGAGAUACUGUUAAAGAUGGCUGGAGAUUUGGAAUCCAUAUCCUAUCAAGAAAGCUUUCAUGGAGCAUUCUCAUCAGCAAAUGCAGCAGUGAGUCUCAUAAUCCAACGGCUUGAACAAAACUAAUAGUUUGGCCUCUUUAAAAAGUUUGGAACUCUAGUCUUCCAACCGAACACGCCUUUUUUUUUUUCUUUGACUGUUUUUAGAAUUAUCCUUUCUUUAAUAGUAGUGCAUUAAGAUUAAGAGAAACAUACUUACACCAAUAAGGUUACAAAGGCCAUUUAUUGGGGAAAAAAAAAGGUUAAAAAGGCCUAUGGCUUAAUAACUUCAGUUUGUCA